GCAGCAGAUUGAUAGCAAGCUUAAUUUGAGAACGCGUGGUUUUUAGGUACGGCUGCAAAAUGGAGGAACUAAAGCACAACCCCUCGCGGGGCAACAUCUUCGACGAGGUGGAUAGCUACGGGGGUUCGAUCGAUAUCGAUCACCACCAUCACAACGCCGAUUCGUACUCGGUCAUGGACGAGGACGGGGACGAUAAGGAUGACACCAAGCGAAAAUCUCGCAACCUGAGCGAAAAGAAACGCCGCGAUCAGUUCAACCUGCUGGUCAACGAACUUAGCUCGAUGGUAUCCUCCAACAGCCGCAAGAUGGAUAAGUCGACCGUCCUGAAAUCGACGAUCGCAUUUCUGAAGAGCCAUAACGAGAUUGCAGUCCGCUCGCGGGUCCACGAGAUACAGACCGACUGGAAGCCGUCUUUUCUGUCGAACGAAGAGUUCACGCACCUGAUCCUGGAGGCGCUGGACGGGUUCAUCAUCGUGUUCUCCUCCACCGGAAGAGUAUUCUACGCGUCCGAAAGUAUUACCUCGCUGCUGGGGCAUUUGCCGAGUGACCUGCUGAACAUGACCGUCUACGAUAUGGUGUACGAAGACGAUCAGAACGAUCUGUACCACAUACUGCUCAACCCGACCACGAUAGUGGACCCCCUGCAGACGGGCAUCAGCCGUGAGAAUCAGGUGACGUUUUCGUGCUACAUCAAGCGGGGAACGGUCGACUAUCGGGCCGAUGUGUCGUACGAGCAUGUCCAGUUUACGGGCUACUUUCGUAGCGACGUGGACACGGAGUCCCUGAUGACGACCUCUCGGUUCAGCGGUUACACGAGCGACGCCGAUUCGCGGCUCGUGUUCGUCGGUACGGGUCGGCUGCAGACCCCGCAGCUGAUUCGCGAAAUGUCGAUCGUGGACAAUACGAAAAGCGAGUUCACGUCGCGCCACAGCCUCGAAUGGAAGUUCCUGUUCCUCGACCAUCGAGCCCCACCGAUCAUCGGCUACCUGCCGUUUGAGGUGCUAGGAACCUCAGGGUAUGACUAUUAUCAUUUUGACGAUCUGGAAAAGGUGGUGGCUUGUCAUGAAGCAUUGAUGCAAAAGGGCGAGGGAACUUCGUGCUACUAUCGCUUCCUGACCAAGGGGCAACAGUGGAUCUGGCUCCAGACGCGGUUCUACAUCACGUACCACCAGUGGAACUCGAAGCCAGAGUUUGUCGUCUGUACGCAUCGGGUCGUUAGCUACGCGGACGUGAUGAAGCAGAUGCGCACGCAGACGGCGGGCGACGGCAAGUUCUCCGAGGACGCGGAUAGUGUCAGUGUGCACGGUGUGGAGCGCAAGUUCCAGCAAUCGUCCUCCCAGAGCCUGCUGGCAACAUCGCCGUGGAGCUCGAAAAGCUCGCGGACGUCACGGGUGGCUCCUACGCCCGGCGUCUCACCAACGGGGCUAUCGAGCCGGAGCCGCCACCGGUACAACACCUACCACGGACCCGGCUCGGACUCGGCUACGUCCAUUUCCACCGAGUCCCAUACCAGCCGGCAAUCGCUCGUCACGCAACAUUCGCGCUCCCGCAUGCGGACCAGCACGUGUUCUACGAAGGUUUCGUCACAGAGUAGUCAACAGGACCGACAGACAGCAUCUCACUUUUUGCUCCAACAGCAGCAGCAGCAGCAGCAACAGCAAUCUCUACAGCAACAGCAAAUGCAGCUCGACCAACAACAUUUCCAGACAUCGCAACAGCAUCACCAACUUCAUCUGCAGCAAAAUCAAUUGCAGCAGCAGUUGCAACAGCAACAGCAGCAACACCGUUCGAUGCACCAGCAACUGCAAACCCACCAGCAGCAGCAGCUGCACCCACAUCACGCCUCCCAGUCUCAGCCAACGCUCAUGGUACAAAGCAUCCCUCCCGAGCCGGACAUGUACGGCCAAAAGCUGACGGUGUCACAGCAGCAGCCGCACCAAAGUCACGGCCACGGUCAGCAACAGACGCACCCACCGCCAACUUCGCAAGCGCAGCCAUCGACGCCACAGCAGCAACAGCAGCACACGGUGCAGCAACAGCUACACCAAGUUACGGCGGCGGCCACGAUCCUGACCCCUCCGGUGACGCAGAUCAUCGGUGCGACCGGGUUCAUCGAACCGCAGCAGUAUUUGACGGCCAUUCCGGUGCAACCUGUACCGACCUUCACGGAUACGGCACCGGGGGUGCUCUCACCCAACUCGUCGAUCUCCCCGCACGGUGGCUACCCGGUGGUGCACCAUCCGGCGGUCAGCGGCGCGGGGGGUGUCGUUUUAACGCCUAACCAAAACCAGGUGCAAGAUCAGUUGCAGCGGAAGCACGAGGAGUUGCAGCACCUCAUACUGCAGCAGCAGGAAGAGUUGCGGCGAGUGCAGGAGCAGCUGCUGAUGGCACGUUACGGUCUGUUGCCCUCGAUCGUGUCGCUUCCCUUUCCGGCCACCGGCGGAAAUGGGGGACCGGGUGUGAUUCCACCGGAACGGUGUCCGACCACCGGAGCGCCGUUUCUGCAGCAUCAUCAGCCGGGCCAUGGGACCGGUGCGUUCCAUCAUCAUCACCACCACUACCAUCCAUCGUCAUCCGGAUCGUCGUCGGUGCAAUCACAGGCCCACCAUUCUCAGCAAGACCAGCAACAGCAACAGCAGAUGUGCAUACCGGACCAGAAACCGAUUUUGCAUCCCGAUCCGGAGCAGCUUAACUUUACCGAUACGGGGCAAGGAAAGCUUUCCGAAACCAGCGAGAUGGUUUCAUACAUGCAGCUGACACCGGUUCCGCUUCAUCAUCUACAGCAGCAGCAGCAACAGCAGCAGCAACACCACCACCAUGGGUCAAGCGCCUCAUCUACUUCCACAACACCCGCCUCUUCAGUCCACAACCAACGGCAGCAGCAACUAAUGCAGAUCGGUGCACCGGAGGGAUCGGGUGCACCGGGUGGCAGCAGCAUGGGCCUGUUACAGUAUCAAAUGGCACCGGAGCAGGCGCAAAACCUUUUCGCUUCCGGCAUGGAGCAACAGCAAAACCAACAGCAGGCACACCCUCCGUCACAACAAUCCCACCAUCCGCAGCAGCAGCAGCAGCAACAACAGCAAGGAGCUACCGGCAGUUCCGACGCCGGAUCACACACCUGUCCUUCACAAACGAGCGAGUUGUGAGCGGGUUCGGGUGUGUUGGCGUGGACUGUUCGUGAGCAGAACACAACGAUCGAGCUUUAAAGUCGAGCUUACUGUGGGUCCGAGUGCGAGGUCCGGUCAGAUCGAUACUGUAAGAAUCAAGCUUUUACAACAACAUUAUGGUACCGAAGUGGUUUCAAGUUGUCCAUCCACCAAAGAAGGAUAUUUUUCUAAAAUAAUAUUGUGUAUAGUGAGCGAAUGGAACGAUCAAUGCGAUUUACGUAUACACCACUGACCUUAUUGUAGCAUUAGUGUUAGGAGCAGCGUAGAGAAACGAACUGCAACCAGACGCUGGAGUAUUUGUGGCUUAAAUUUGAACCUAAGAAAUGAAACAAAUACAAAGAAAAGAUGAAAGUGCGAACGUGUGAUGAGGCAUUGUAGCGAAUAAGCGGUAGGUUUGUAAGCGAUGUACGAGCUAGAACACUAGAAUAGUCAUAAAAUGUGGUAGGAAAUUAGCAAAUAGCAUUCCGCAAAACUUUACAAAACACAGCCGAUCGAUGAAAUCGAGUUAUAGAAACAUUUACAAACCAUCCGUUUUGGCGGUGAAAUGUCGGGCGGCGGAAGAAAGUCGAAGAAAGUGCUACACUCGCCGUGAACUUAUUGGAAGAGAGA